AUGUCUAAGAAAGCAUUUCAAUCCACUACUAGGGGUUUUUUGGCUACAUCUAUAGCUAAUGUAUCAUAUCUCAUUACCUUACAAUUUUUUUCUAGAUUGAUUACAUUUAUUUUGAAUCAAAUGAUUUUAAGAUUUACUAUUCCUGAAAUUUUUGGAUUUGCAAUGGUUCAAGUGGAAUUAUUAAUUUCUAUUAUCCUUUUUUUGUCUAGAGAAGGGUUUAGAGUAGCUCUUCAACGUCAUGACAUUUUUAAAGAAACUAAACAAGAAAAAAAUACAAGUAGUAAAGAAACAUUAGUAUAUGAUAAACCAGAAGACGAAGUAAUCCAGAGAUUAGUUAACUUGGCUUAUGUCCCAAUUCCUAUUAGUAUUGUACUUUCUAUCUUGGUUUUCUUUUUUUAUAUACUGAUUGCUAGUAACUCUACAAAAAAGCAACCUGUCUUUAAAGAAACUAUUAUUUUAUAUGUUUUUUCUACUGUGAUUGAAAUUUUUACUGAGCCUUUGUUUAUUCUUACACAGCAGUAUUUUUUAUAUAAAAUUAGAGCUAUUUCUGAAGCUUCUGCAAUAUUUUUAAAGUGUUGCAUAACAUUUUUAUUGACAUAUUGGUUUAAUUUAAAUGGAAAUAUUAGAAAAUAUGGAGCUCUCCCGUUUGCUUUUGGGCAAUUAGGAUAUAGUGAUAAGUUAUGUUUUUUUCCAAGAAAAAUAUAUUCUUCGUCUAAUAAAAGUUUAUAUCUUUUCCAUCAACCCACUUUAAUGUUAGCAAUAACUAUAACUUCUCAAUCACUGUUUAAAUAUAUUUUGACAGAAGGUGAUCGGUUUCUUAUAACAUGGUUUAUGACAGAUUUUGAACAGGGAAUUUAUGCAUUAGUUGUGAAUUAUGGAUCUCUUAUUGCAAGAUUAAUAUUUAAUCCAAUUGAAGAAUUAUCAAGAAAUGUUUUUUCAAAACUUUGUUUGAAAAGAAAUAAUGAUAAAUGUUUACUAGCUCGGAAUAUUUUGCUUGUUAUUAUAAAAUUAUAUAUAAUUUUUGGGAUAUUUGUUAUAACUUUUGGACCAUUGUAUUGUUCAGUUUUUAUAAAAAUUGUAGCAGGUUCAAAAUGGAGUAAAACAUAUGCACCUUCAGUUUUAAAGUUAUAUCUUUUUUAUAUUCCUAUUAUGGCUAUAAAUGGAAUAACAGAAGCGUUUGUACAAGCUGUUGCUACACCAAAUGAUAUUAAAAAGCAAAGUUGUUGGAUGUUUUUUUUUUCUGGAUUAUUUAUGUUUAUGGGAUUUAUUUUUUUAAAUUAUUUUAAACUGGGAAUAAAUGGUAUAGUUUUUAUUAAUAUGAUUAAUCUUAGUGCAAGAGCUAUUUGGUCUCUUGUUUAUAUUCGUAAUUAUUUUGGCAAUUUAGUAAUUGAAUUAUUUUUUCCUUCAAAAAUGUUUUCUUUUCUUGUUAUUCUUAUUGGUUAUUUAAUGCAAUUGAAGAUGCAAUCUAUUGCUACAAUAUCAGAUAUAUUAACUGGAAUCAUGAUUGCUGGCUUUUUAUUUUGCAUAUGUAUAUUUAAAGAAAGAAAUAUGUUGAAAAUGUUAUAUAUUGAGAUAUUAUCUUUAAAAGCAUGA